UCAGGGUUACCGGUACCGCAAUGCAUACAUAGCGACACAGGGACCCAUGGUAGAGACCACAGAGGACUUCUGGCGGAUGGUCUGGGAGCACAACUCCAAUAUUAUCGUCAUGCUUACCAAGCUGAAGGAGAUGGGCAGGGAAAAAUGCCACCAGUACUGGCCUUCAGAGCACUCCCAACGGUACCUCUAUUACGUGGUGGACCCAAUAACAGAGUACAACAUGCCUCAGUACAUCCUUAGAGAAUUCAAAGUCACGGACGCCAAGGACGGCCAAUCGCGGACUAUCCGGCAGUUCCACUUCACCGACUGGCCCGAGCAGGGUGUCCCGAAGACCUCCGAGGGGUACCUCGAGUUCCUCGGCCAGGUGCACAAGACCAAGGAACAAUUUGGACAGGAGGGACCGAUCACGGUCCAUUGCAGUGCGGGCGUUGGCCGGACAGGCGUGUUCAUCACGUUGAGCAUCGUGCUGGAGCGCCUACAAAGCGAGGGUGUCCUAGACAUAUUCCAGACGGUGCGCACGCUUCGCACCCAGCGCCCAGGCAUGGUCCAGAGUGAGGACCAGUACCAGUUCUGCUACAGGGCUGCAUUAGAAUACAUGAGCAGCUUUGACCACUAUGCAAAUUGAGAAACUCGAGAGCAGCACAAAGAAGCCGAGCUCCUUGCGGACUUCAACGGCCCGCGUAACUAAACGAUUCUCCCCUACCUUUUCUUGCGCGUUCACGGCACUUGCUGCUGUAAGGACAAAAAGUGCCCGUGCCAUACGUGUUGGGAAAGUGCCGACGCUGACGCAGUUCUGCGGGGGAAGGGGGGGCAGCACACCUCCACGCACACACCUCUCCGAUGUCUGCGCCCUUGCGAGAUUUUAGUUUUAGCUUUUUUGUUGUUUGCCCUCCAACAGUUCUGCGUUGUUCACGCAGAUGUUGCGGAUUUCAUAUCACUUUCGUUUCAUUUCCGUAAUAGUAUUUGAACGUUGCGUAAUUGUUGGGACGCAUGCAAAGUGUGUCGGUGGGGUUAUGUUGGCACAUUCGUAUUUCGACCUGUCAUGAAGCGAAGUGGAAUCUAUUGCCGUUUAAUCUUAUUACCCGAGUGAACGUACAGUUCGGUUGCACGCCUGGGAAGAGACGUGCAUCAUUCCUGAAUUCGGUAGUAUUUCAAGUCUGCCAUUUUUUUUUUUUUGUUACAGUGGCCACCAGUACGAUCUCAUUUUUCUUUUUAAAGCUUGUCUCGCUACGAGUCGCACCUGUGCCCGUAGCAGAAAAGGAAAAAUCACUUAGCACGUGACAUCGGAUAUUCACGACACCACUGUGUUCACUAGCGAAAGAAGCAUCGCAGGAAAGAGUGACCCAGCAACUUUGGUGGGUGCGCCGCAAUGUCACAGGCAGAAGCGAAAAGAAAAAUACAUCCAAUAUUGUCGGAAGAGGCAGCAGUCGAUGAGGAAUAGACGACGGGUGUUUGUCGUCUUGCUUCCUAGUCACUCAGGUAACCACUUUCUGCAUUUCACGGGAAGGGGAGUCGGCAGGGAAGGCACCGAGAGAGGGCUGCCUUCAAGCAGGACUUCUCUCCUCACCGCCUCUCUACGAAAGUUUUACGGAUUCACAGCGCUCAAGAUUGUCAGAGCAAAACGGUGGGAGGGGGGACGCGGCCUGAAUAUUCUGCAAGGGCGUUAAGUAGGAAAGCGAGAAACCCCCCUUCUUGUCCGACAUCCCUACCUCGAAGCGGUGUAACCUUUACUUCGCAAAGUCUGCCAGCCAAUGAAUGUUUGUUGUUUUUUUUUUCACCCCUCCCCCUCCCGCCCUUGUUGCUCAGAUAUUCGUCAAGGCAAUAGCGGCGAUAAUUUUCGUUGGAAACUUCGUUUGGCGAAGGUGCAGAAAGUAAGAAUUGCACACUCCCAUUCAAGUUUGACCAUUCUCCUGAGUCUGCUUGACCCACUCCGCGGCAUUCCCUCGGCAUCCACGUCGACGCCCUUACGUUUUGCCGGCACACGCGCGAGUGCAUUCUCUCGCACGGGGCUGGCGCAGCACAAAACCGCGGCCGUUGCGUCUGCGCACCGAUCUAACGUAACGUUCGAUAGGCUUUUGUCUUUAUUGUCAUCAUCUUUCAUUGUACCAUACCGCCAUCACUGCAUCACACACUCACAGUGGUAUAUGUUUAUAUUGUGUUUGGAGCGUGGGAGUGUGUCUCGGUACGAUUUUCUGUACAUAGUCAUGUGCACCCAGGUUCACGCAUGAUAGAGGACAAAGAACUGAUGCUAUGGAGAGCGCGCUGCGAUUUUUUUCAGCGGCUGGAACAGGAGUGGUCACGAAGUGACAAGCAUUCUGCAAACUCUGGAUUGGUUUGCAGUGGAAGGCAACUCUCACACAACUGUGAGAGUGGGCGGGAAGAUAGGUAAAGAAAAGCAUGGAUCGUCGAGCAGGCUCUAAAUGGUAUUGAGCGGGGCACGCCACUGCAGUGUCUAAAAAUAGCUGUGGUGUCAUCUGUUGCAAGCGUUAACUACAGAAAGGUUGCAAACUUAAUGAUGCCGUUGCAAGCACAUGCUGAAAAAAAGAGAUAAUAGUGUGUUUCUUGGUAUGUUGCUCCAGCAUAGUUUCGUCAUAUGGUGCUGCAGGCAUGAAACUGUUCUUUUUGCUGGAUGUCCAGCAGAUGAUGCUACAUCACAUGCAGAUACUGUAGUGACGUGCAGUUUUGGCAGCGGUCUCGUUCGUAAUGAAUUGUGCACUCUUGUUUCACUUUUUUACAUAGGUCACUAUUUCAAUUUAGGCAGCCUGCUUGCUGUAACUGUGUGCUUGAAGAAAUUUUUUUCCUACUGCGGGGCUUAAAGCCUCCUUAGAGUGUUUUUGCUUCUCUUGUUGUUAUUUAUACACUUUUACCUGUUCCUUUUUCGGUUGCCGUUUACAAGUCUUCUAUGAGAUUGAGCUUUUAUGACGUGCGCAGAAUAUAGAUCCGUGUGAAUGCACAUAUUUUUUAUUUCUUUUGCACACUGUUGACUUUGUAGAACACUUUCUUUUACCUGUCUGCCGUAUUUAUGGCAGCCCUUUUCUUUUGCAUUUGUUGUGUGAACGUACAAGCAUAGAGGCUUUCAGCCGUCUGCUCUUGAUUUAUCACAGUGUACCACAUUUCGCUCGUAUUAUCCACGCCAGAAAUUUAAGAAGCCGAGUACAAAGUUUGGGUAUUAGCGCAAGUGCUUAUCCUCACAGUGGAUGUUAAAGCAAUGCAAAGCCACUUCUAGAUUUAAAGCAUAGCACCAGUAUUGUCGACAUUGCUGAACGCACUAAAAGAAACGGAUAUUUUUUCUAGAGCUGCACUUUGUCCGGUUAGUUGUCGUUAACGGUUGUUUUUUUUACAACGGUUCAGAAAUUGUAUGCAGCCAUUUUCACAAGUAUGUAAGCAUUGCCCUUCUUCCCUUCCUAUGAGAGUUGUAAUAGGCAUGUGUGUGGCAUUGCAUGCAAGGGGUGGGUUAUGCGUGCGAAACUGCGGUAUACGUCUUGCUUGCUUUCUUUUAUUCUUUUUUAACUAAGCAUGCCUGUAGUGUGCAGAGGAGAAAGAGAGAAGCUGUGUUUGUACUUUUGUGUCCGAAGCUGGUUCGUAUGUGUGUGCGAUUCUGUUACAUUAACAGAGAAGCCCUUUGUAAGUUUGCAACCAGGUAGCUAUUUUUACUGGAACCGACGGCGUUAAGUCUGGUGUCACGCCGAAAGCAGGCGGGGGUACACCUCGGCAGCUUUUACCGACUUGGCAUGUGCUCCCCGCUUACAUUGCGUUUCGGCACCCGCUCGUUUCACGUUCGAGGAAAAAAAGACGCAAAGCGAAACUGCUUUCUAUUGAGCCGGCCUGCGCUCUUUUGUACAUAAACCUUGCACGUGACUUAGAGCUGUAGCAUUUGAAUGCUGCUGCAUGUGGCAGCUGGCCGUGACGAAGUCUUUUCUCGAGGUUGCAGCUCUGUUGCACCUUCGGCGACACAACUACCCCCAUCGACAUCGACCGCGUUGAGCUCCUCCGCGAUCAGUUGGGAGACAUUCGCCAUUACACAUAAUCACGGGUUGCAUGUCACGACCUCCGAGAGCUUCUUCUUAGGGACAUAUCAUCACGUAGUGGUUUCUUCUCUUUCGCCGGCUCCCGUACAGCGGCUGCCGAUCCCAUAGCCUUGUCGACCCUUACACACUGACAUACUUAAAUGAGGUUGUGACAUAUGCGUGUUGCGCCGAGAAAUAAAAUAGGCUCUUCGUUUUACCGUGUGCUCGUCGAAAGUGUCUGGUGAACAGUUGUCUGGAGAGAACCGUGGUGCCCUAUAUAAACUAGCACGCCUUGUGUGUCGUACGGGAAUUCAGUGCCACUGAGAGGCUUGACACAGUAGUGCAAGACGUGCGGUGACUGCCGGGUUCAUUGCAUGUGGUUACGUCGUCGCACUACGGAUCGGUGGCCAGCAAUCUGAAAGAGUUCCUUUCGCGUCCUUCGUUUUACGCUCUUGCGUUUCUGAUGCUUUCAGAAAGCAUCCGGCAUUGUGCAUCCUUAUUUUGUUUAAUAUUAUUAUUUUAUUGCUAUUGUUGCAGUAGCCCACAGUAGUAAUGGCAGCGCUUUAUCGGCUGCUCAGAGAACAAAUUACGGAUUGUUCUUUUACAUACUUUCUCCGCAGACUCGUUUAUUUCUACUUUUGCAGUUAGUGACAUGUUUUAAUCGUAUGCUGCAUGAUCAAUGGAUUCUUCUUGCCAGCAAGAAUUUAUUUUUUGUGUACUCUGUUACUUCUGGAAUGUUAAUUGUGAGACCCAUUACAAACAUCUUGCAUAUCCAAAAGACGAUGUGUGGAGCCACCAUCACUGGUGUACGACCGCAGCACUUUUUUUUUUCUUCUUUACCAUCUUGGUGCAAAACUAUUGUGAAACGAGUGGCAGCUAGAAGGUGUUCUGACUAGCGGUCGUUACGGUCACCAAAGAGAGGUGAAUGUCACACAAAUGACUCUGCAUGCAUCCAAGAACUUCGAGGCCUGAAGCCUUGAAGGAAAAAUGUAAGACUCUUUUGGGAUGAAACUCGCUGUGUUGCAAAAGCCCACAGAGGCACGAGCUGCUCCGAAUAAUUGCGUGUUCCUCCCUGUGCCACAAGAGUGGCUCGUGUCUGUCGUAGUGUAUUCAAUAAACAUGUCCAAGGACUCUCGA